AUGAUAUCUGGAGAGAAUGAGGAUUUAGAAGUGAAUACAGCAGCUUCAACUACUCUUAAUAUUGAUUCUAAAGUUGAAAAUGAAUCAAUACAGCCUCAACAACCAAAGCAGCCUCAGCAAAAUUUGUCAAAGCUUGAAGCGCUCUCUAAGGAUGAUUUGAUUAAAUUGGUUAAGAAGCAGUUAUUAAAUCAGAAGGAGCUUAAACGACAAUUGGAGGCCAGUAAAAACGAGAGUGAAGCUAAUGCAAAUCAAGUAAAAGAAUUGGCCUCAAAAAUUGCCAUUUUUGAAGGCAAACAAGAUGGAACUUCAAUGCUUAUGGUUGAAUUGGAAGAUUAUAAGAAUUCUAGUGUUAAAAUGAAGAAAGACUUACAGGACUGCAAAGAAAAAUUGGCUGAAAAGGAAGCUCUGAUUGAGGAACUUUCACAGCACAUUGCUACUUUACAAGAAGAAAAGGCUGAAACAAAUGAACAACUUCGUCAAAAAGGCAUUGAAUCAACAGAAUUAAAACAAUCAAUUGACGAAAAAUCCAAUUUAAUUGCUGAAAAUUCAAAGGAAAUUUCUUCAUUAUUAGUCCAAUUAAAUGAUUCUAGACAACAAAUGCAACAAGAAAUUAAUUUUUUAAAUGAAUCUUUAUUAACAAAUUCUGCUGAAUUAAAAAAUGAACAGCGAGCAAGUUCUGCUAGAUUUGCUGAAGUAAAAAGAUUGAAAUGUGAGAAUGAUACUUUGGUAGCGAGAAUUAAAUGUUUAGAGGAAGAAUUUAAAAAUUAUAAGGUUCAUUUAUUUUUUUAUUUAAGGAUUAAAAUUGUUGGGAUACUAAAAUGA